AUGAUUAGUAGCAAGACUCAUUGGGCUUUAGGACCAUUCAACCCUUUAUACAUUGAGAAAGGAAACAAUAAAAGUAGACACUUUUGCAUGGAGUGGCUUGAUAAACAAGAAACUAAUUCAGUUAUUUAUGUGUCUUUUGGAACCACAACAACCUUCAAAGAGGAACAAAUCAUAGAACUAGCAAACGGGUUGGAACAAAGUAAACAAAAAUUUAUUUGGGUACUAAGAGAUGCCGAUAGAGGAAAUGUUUUCAAUGAUGAUGGAGUUAGAAGAGUUGAGUUACCAAAAGGGUUUGAAGAAAAAGUUGAAGGUAUUGGUUUAAUUUUGAGAGAUUGGGCACCACAAUUAGAAAUUCUAAGUCAUUCUUCAAUAGGUGGGUUUAUGAGUCAUUGUGGAUGGAAUUCUUGCAUGGAAAGUAUUACUAUGGGGGUGCCAAUAGCAGCAUGGCCUAUGCACUCUGACCAACCAAGGAACAGAGUUUUAGUUACUGAAGUGCUUAAGGUUGGUUUGGUUGUGAAUGAUUGGACCCACAAAGAUGAGUUAGUGAAAGCAUCUGUUCUGGAGAAUGUUGUGAGGAGAUUGAUGGCAACAAAAGAAGGUGAUGAAAUGAGACAAAAUGCAAUUAAAUUAAAAAAUGAAAUUCUAAAGUCAAAAGAUGCUGGUGGUGUUUGUAAUGUGGAAUUGGAUUCUUUCAUUGCUCAUAUCACUAGAUAG